CACCAUACAAACAAUAGACCAAGACAAUGAUACAACUAUCAGAUCAACAGAAGACACUAGCAUGGCAAGAACUCAAUAUAUCUGGAGCAAACAGGUGGAAGAGGAGCAAAACAUGCAAAACAAGGCACAUUAUAACACAGGUGAAACAUAUUGCAAAACUGGCAAAAAUUCUACAGCAAAGGGUAAAGAAAUGGCAACUAACAAUCUCAGAUCAGUAAGAAUUGACGACUCAGAUAUCAAAAUGGACUUUGAUAACAACAAUUCUUUUCAAGAAAAACAAGACUGGCAAAUCCAGGAAAAACAAGAGACUCUAUAG